AUGUCUCUGUCGAUCAUGCAAUCCUUCAAUGGAAUUGGUCGGAUUGAUCUGGAAUGGCCGGAGCUAUUCACGAAGAUCAUGGCGGUGAUAGCCAACCUGUCCUUCAACUUCAACUUCUUUCAGCCGGACUGCAGUGUAGCGAGUCCUUACUGGCAGACCUGGGUCAUGUUUACCAUCAUGCCUUAUGCCUUGAUGUUCCCCAUCACGUGUUCAUACCUUGUCGUGAAGUACCUCUCAUUCCGCGAAAGCCGUGGUGACCCGCAGUACCGAGAGGUGCAGGGGUGGCUGCUCCUCAACGCUUGGGGUAGGGCCAUGCUGACCAUCCUCUUGCUUUUCAUCCAGCAGCACAUGACGCAGUUGAGCAUUCCUUUCCAGUGCAAAUCCAUGGCGGAUGGCUCUCAAGUGCUCGUGGCUUCGCAAGAUAUUGUUUGUACCCUGGCUAGACUUACAAGGGAAGAAAAUUCCAAACAAGCCCUUUGCAUUUUCUCUGCACAAGUACAGUUCACCCCACCCACACGUCUGCAGACACUGGCGACAGGCGACUUGGCGGACACCAACUACCAGCUGCUUUUCGGAAUCGCAUCACUGGGAUGGUUUAUCUUUGGCUCCGGUUUCGCCGUUCUGAACGUGUGCCUGUAUUGGAGCUACCAUUGGCAAGCAGGGACGAAGACGCGCGACCGCAUCCCAAUCUACGUCGCGGCUGUCGAGAUGAGCGUGGAGAAUAUGAGGGGCUGGGUGGAAGCCGUGCGCCUGCGGGUUUUCAGCAACAUUGUGGCGGUCCGCACUUACCCGACUGGGAAGGAUACCGAGGCAGCAGAGAAGCGCCAGUUGAUGGAGGCGAAGAUGAAGCAACGAGGUGCUGCUGUGGUGCCUGAUAAGCCGGGAAAAGACUUGAACAAGGCAUUGGCCGACAUGCGGCGGCGCAAGGCCACGCUGGAGGACGAGGUGAACCUCAAGGAGAUCAAGCUGAAGUGGAAGAACAAGGAACGCUUCACAGAGAAGGGGUCGUGGCCAGACCAACUGGAUGGCAGCUAUCUGACCUAUGGUUGGGUGCUCAUCUUCAGUGCUUUGGGCCGCAGCACGCAACCAGGCAGCUUCUUUCGCCAGUUUGCCUUGAUGCUCUCUGCGCUGAUGGCCGUGGAAUUCCCACCCUUCGGGGCCGCUGCACAGUCUCUGGUCUUCAUGAUCAACUUCGCGGCUUUGAUCCUCUUGUUCCCGUACACGGCCAGACUCCUGAAUAUUGAGGAGUCGGUCCUCACAGGCUGCAUGGCAUUCCUAACUUUCAUGGCCGCUUUCAAGGAGAUGGUUUCCAAGCACAACAAAGCCUCGCAAUACCAGUCCACCAUCGAUGCCACAAGCACGCUGAUUGACGUGCUGGUUCUUAUCAUCGUGACGAUCAUCAGUGGCACCAUGGUCUUUAACGCCUACAUCAUCAUUGGUGGGGCUGUCACGACGGAGUCGGACGACCAAAUCUUGAACAAGGCUUAUUUUGAGACUGCCAUGCAGCACCCGGCCAGCAUUGGCACCCUUUGGAAUGCUCUGCUGCGAUGCUGUGCUGUGUUAUGCUGCGUUGCUAAUCCGAAACUCGAGGCAAGAGCGGCUCCGUGA